UUCCAAAUUACACGUUCUUACCAUAAAAGUGUUGAUCUCACUCUCUACGAUAGACUGCACUUUCGAUGCUCCCUCCGACAUUUCGAAGAGAAUGUAAUCACAUCAAAGUGUUUAAAUGAUUGACAAUUAUGAUAGUUUAUUUUGUUAACAGAGUUAACACUACUUUGUAACUGAAAACCGAUCCGCUGGAAAAACUCAUUAAAAAUGAGUACAACAAUUUUAUCAAAAUUGCAGAACUACAAAUCGAUCAUUUGAUAUYAAUUGUUAGUACAGCGAAAAUUGAAAAACUACAAAUAGAUCUGACAUGUCUUUUAUUCAUUUGAUAAUUGUUCAAUGACGAGCAUUGGAGUAAUGUAUCACGCCAGUCUGUGUAUUGAACUUCCGGUAUCACUAUGUACUCCGCUGACCUUUGAAAUCGAGGACUUUUUGGGCCUCUAUCAACGCCCGUGAUGUAGCAAGACCCGUUUUAUGGUGAAGGACGUCUUGAGGGCUUACCAAAUUCCAACAUGGAGACGGAAAGUGUACAUGCAUGUGAAUUACGGACAAUGCUUAGUGAACAAGGGCUUUUGAAUCAAGCAGACGGGUCAGCAGUGUUCAAGCAAGGUGAUACACAGGUUAUGGCAGCGGUUUAUGGUCCUGUUGAAGUAAGAAUGAAUAAAGAAUUGCUUGAUAAAGCUUUGGUGGAAGUUAUCUUUCGACCUAAAGUUGGACUACCAGGUUGUUCAGAAAAGAUGAUGGAACAACUAAUAAGACAAAGCUGUGAGCCAGUGAUACUAACAACUCUGCACCCAAGGUCUUCAAUGACAAUCAUUGUACAAGUCAUACAUGAUUCAGGAUCUCUCUUGUCAUGUGCCAUAAAUGCAGCAUUCUUGGCCAUGAUUGAUGCUGGUUAUCCAAUGAAAUCUACAAUAUGCUCUGUGACGUGUGCGAUAACAAAUAAUGAUGAGAUUCAGCUAGACCCCAACUUACAACAGCAGAAGGAAGCCUCAUCCGUUAUGACAUUUGUAUUUGAUGGUAUUAACAAGAAUGUAAUGACAUCUUCUACAAAAGGCGAAUAUGCUAUUGAGCAGUAUAACAAAUGUCUCUUAGCAAGUGUUUCUGCUGCUGACCACAUACUACAGUUCUUUAGACAGUCAGUAGAGAGAAAACUAUCAAGGGAUGCCAAAUAUCAAUGCAUAGAUUCAAAUUCUAUGGAUUCUUGAGUAUUUAAAUUGUAAAUGCUCACCUUAAAGACAAUUUUGUUAAAUUGUAACUAAAAGCUCACACAAUUAUAUAUUUAUACAUGAAAACUGCUUAUCAUAUAAUUAUCUAUAAAAUAGUAACCUUUAUUUCUCUAUUAUGUAAAGUUGUUAUUUUAUCUAUUGAAAAGUAUAUUUUGGUAUCUAUAUAUUAGAUGUAAAUAAAAGUUAUUUUACAACACAAUUUGCUUUCAUAGAUAAUUAUAUGAUAAACAGAAUAUUACAGUUGCUUGGAGAUAAGAGUUUUAUCUGUUUUUGUUGAAAAUCUCUCACAAGUGAGCAUAUUGUAGAGAUAAAAUCCAUAUCUCUGAGCUCCCAUGUAAUAUCCUCUAUAUAUCUAUUCAAGAAAAAAACGUAGGUGUUUUGCAGGUGCAUUAUUACAACUGUACCAUAUUUAUAUUUAGUACACUUGGCUAAUUAAAUAAUUUUAUAAAUAUUUGUAAUAUACCGCAAGCAGUAAAAAAACAACAACACCUGUACAGCAAGGUUUACAAAAAGAGACUCUAAAUUCCUACAACACAUUGAUAUCACUUUCAAUUGAGAAUUAACUUCAACAAUACAAUUCCUUUUUUUAUUCGAUUCUGAUAAUUCUGUAGUGUGGACUUUAAAAUUAAAUCUAAUACUCAAGCUAUGUUUAAUAGUGAAGAAUAGAAAAUAUUAUGUAACUCACA